CCCACCCCCCAGAUCUCCAUCUCCUCCCUCCUCCUCUCUCUCUCUCUCUUAUUAAGGAGCAAGCAAAGCGGCCGCUCCCUCCCGGCUCAGAUCUCCGCGCGCCGAUCGAUCCCCCACCCGCCCCCAAACCCUCGCUCGUCAACGCCGCCGCGGCUCCCGACGACGGGAGCGAUGGCCGCGGCCUCCGCGGCCUCGGCGGCGCUGCUGCUCCUCCUCCUCGCGCUCGCGGUGGCCGGCGUUGCGGCCGAUGGCUCCGACCACCGGUACCAGGCCAGGGAGCUCGUCCCGCUCUACGCCAACAAGGUCGGCCCCUUCCACAACCCCAGUGAGACGUAUCGGUACUUUGACCUGCCUUUCUGCUCUCCGGAGAAAGUGAAGGAGAAGAGUGAGGCCCUCGGUGAGGUCCUCAACGGGGACCGGUUGGUUGAUGCACCUUACAAGCUUGAUUUCCAUGUGGAUUAUGACUCCAAGCCGGUUUGCUCAAAGAAGCUCACAAAGGAGGAGGUGGCCAAGUUUCGGAAUGCAGUAGCAAAGGACUACUACUUCCAGAUGUACUAUGAUGACCUCCCACUGUGGGGAUUCAUUGGUAAGGUGGAGAAGGGUGGGAAGGCAGAUCCAAGCGAGUGGAAGUAUUACCUGUACAGGCACAUUAUCUUUGACAUUCUCUACAACAAUGAUCGUGUGAUUGAGAUCAAUGUGCACACUGACCAGAGUGCACUAGUUGACCUGACAGAGGAUAAGGAAGCUGAUGUUCAAUUCCUUUACUCAGUCAAGUGGAAGGAGACACCAACGCCAUUUGAGAAGAGGAUGGAGAAGUAUUCAAGUUCCUCCAACCUACCACACCAUCUUGAGGUCCAUUGGUUCUCUAUUAUAAACUCUUGUGUUACAGUCCUCCUCCUGACUGGAUUCCUGGCGACCAUCCUCAUGCGAGUACUGAAGAACGAUUUUGUCAAAUAUGCCCAUGAUGAGGAAGCAGCUGAUGACCAAGAAGAGUCUGGAUGGAAGUAUAUCCACGGGGAUGUCUUCCGAUACCCCAAGAACAAGUCAUUGUUUUCGGCUGCUCUUGGUACUGGGACUCAACUGUUUGCACUCACAACCUUUAUUUUCCUUCUUGCACUUGUUGGAGUAUUCUACCCGUACAAUCGUGGUGCUCUUUUCACUGCGUUGGUUGUCAUCUAUGCCCUCACCUCAGGAAUUGCUGGGUAUAUUGCAACCUCAUUCUACUGUCAGCUGGAGGGAACAAACUGGGUGAGGAACUUGCUGUUGACAGGAUGUCUGUUCUGUGGACCACUCUUCCUGACUUUCUGCUUCUUAAACACUGUUGCUAUUGCCUAUAGUGCAACAGCAGCAUUGCCAUUCGGCACUAUCUGUGUCAUUGUGCUCAUCUGGACCUUAGUUACAUUUCCUCUGCUAGUUUUGGGAGGCAUUGCUGGUAAAAACAGUAAGACUGAAUUCCAAGCUCCCUGCCGUACCACCAAAUAUCCUAGGGAGAUUCCUCCACUUCCCUGGUACAGGAGAACAAUCCCACAGAUGGCUAUGGCUGGGUUUUUACCUUUCAGUGCCAUCUAUAUUGAGCUCUACUACAUCUUUGCCAGUGUUUGGGGCCACAGGAUUUACACCAUUUACAGCAUUCUCUUUAUAGUCUUCAUCAUCCUCCUUAUUGUUACUGCCUUCAUUACUGUUGCACUGACAUACUUCCAGCUUGCUGCUGAAGACCAUGAGUGGUGGUGGAGGUCAUUCCUAUGUGGAGGAUCAACUGGAUUUUUCGUCUAUGGCUACUGCCUGUACUACUACUAUGCACGAUCAGAUAUGUCUGGUUUCAUGCAGACAUCAUUCUUCUUUGGCUACAUGGCUUGCAUCUGCUAUGCUUUCUUCCUGAUGCUGGGCAUGAUCGGCUUCCGCGCCGCAUUGUUCUUUGUCCGUCACAUAUACAAGUCCAUCAAGUGUGAGUAAUACUGUUGUCAGAGGCUGGAGAGCAGUGGAGAUGUACUCCUUUUUGGUGCCACUAAGAAGUCCCAGUAUAGAAAAGGUUAGCUCUCGCACGCAACAGGAGCAGCUAGAGAUUGCCAUGUUUCAGGUUAGGCCAUUAUUCAUAGGAACAGGUAAUGAACCUAUAAAUUUGUUCUCCUUUUCGUGUGACUGCUGUUAUAAAUUGUCCUUUCAUUGGUCAUGUAUUAUCUCCUUGUGACGUCUAGACAUUUUCUCUUUAUUGAUGCAUGACCUACCUGAGCAUCUCUGGAAGAUCAUGUUAAGCCCUAUUUCCUAUAGCAGAAUAACUGAAGUGUAGAGAUGAUACCUCUAGAGUGGCUUGUCUAUUUAUACGUGUAUGCAGUGCUGGUUAUGUAUUGUCAAAUAUUGAAAUACUAGAACCAUUCUUUUUUAACUCGAGAAUGACAAGUCAUUUUGAUCG